AUUUAAAUAGAAGCUUGCAACAUUGGGACGCAUAUCCGGAUUCCCGCUUGUGAGGGCGCACCGGUACCGCUCAGCGGCCAGACCCAAUCAAAUCAUUCAAUUCGUGACAGCCUUCUGUGUGGGUGUUAUUUAUCAACAGAGACUCGCAUGUACGGACAGUUGCGUGUGUGUUGUAUAAAAAUUGAAUGAAAAUCUCAUGGUUUUACGAAAUAGAACGUGAAAAAGCUCAAGUAUUUUCUGUAAUUAUCCAAGACACCUAAUUUAAGAGCACUGUUGGUUUUUAAUUAAUAUUUAGUGUAAAAUGACCGCGUCCACUAUGAUUGAACUGGAAUCGUGGAUAAUUUACCAAUGUGUCCUGAAUGAAUGUCAUGUAUCCAGCAGCUGAGUCGGAGACGCUUUGUUACUUUUGCACUGCCAGUUUAUUUUAAGUUAUCUUCAUGGUUUCGAGUUCAACGGAGGGCGGCGCGUGGUGCGCUCGCGACAUCUCCCUCCGCGCCCAGAAGAAGUUCCUGUCGAGGGUCGGAGGGAACAGCAGCGCGCGUGCCCUGGUCUUGGACGAGCAUGCCGCUAAACUACUCGAUCAGUUUCUGAUCGUCCUGAGGGAGCGAGUCGAAAAACGUGAAGCAGAAAAACUGGUAAAACACGUCAUCAAAUCAGCAGUUAAGCUGGGAGUGUUACGGCGACACUCGCAGCUGUCCGCAGCGGACGACCGAGCCCUUGAAGCUUUCAGAUCCAAAUUCCACACCGUGUUGAUGGCGGUGGUGUCUUUCUGUGAAGUGGAAUUCUCGUACGACCGUGGCUUCCUGCAGGACGCGCUGCGCGAUUCACACCAAUCGCUCAAGUCGGUUGUAGAACGUCACCUCUCAGACAAGUCUGUGUCCAGGCUCGCUGGAGUGUUCGCUCUCGCAUCCCGAGGUGAGUUGCUCGAUUCGCUCUUCUCCGGCCAAGUUGACGAGGACGUCCUCAAACUGUCGAGGAUGCUACGCAAGGAACUCGAUCGGGGCCUGCUUUAAUCCAACCGAUAUGGAACUCGUGUGCCGUCCUACUCCAAACCGCAGUGUGCUUAGAACGAGAUUUUUUUUAACUUUCUCGAUAGCGUAAAAGUUAACUCAUAUUUGUAUGGACUUGGAAUGUUUGCCUAUGUUUGCCGCUAGGGGCGCUGUUCCAACUCCAUACAAACUUGAGUUAACUUUCACGCUAUCGAGAACGUUAAAAAGCUCGCACAAAGCAGCACACACUUGUCAAUACCAGCGUUACUUGUGAGGCCAGCGUCGCACCAAUAUUUGGGCCAAUCUUGAGGCACUGACAAUGGGAUCACUUGCAAGACAUCGUUAUCUUCACAAAUGGAGAUUUCACUUGCUUUUCUUAAAUAUUUUUUGUCACUUGUAGAUUGUGUAUACCGAAAUUUAUUACGGUGUGAAGCUUUAAUGAAUACGCGUUUCCAUGACGUAGCUGUGAAAUGUUUGAAAAAAAACUCAUAAUUCUUUUGUCCUUUAUAUUUAAGGUGGUAUUGAAUCUAUCGAUGCAACAAAUUGUUUGUGUUGGAUAGUUAAGGGCCAAUGUCACGGGCACGUUUCAUAGAUAACACUUAUAAGAUAUUAUUAUACUCAUUUAAAGUUUAAGUACACUGUGUAACACCGAAUUUUCGUAAUUUUGAUGUCCUAAACCACUGAUCGCUUAUACGUAGAUACUCAACUAUAAUCCUAAUUAUAAGGCUAACCGUAGAUAAUUCGUAUAUAAUAUAUUGUUGUAUUAUUAAGUAGAAUUAAUGAUCUUAUCAAUGUACAUGUAAGCCCGUAGCAAGUAUCAAAAACGUUCAGUUCCGAUAGAAAAGCUCUGGACUGUUUUGUUUGUCUUUUAUCUUCAUAUCGUUGUUUUUUUGAAGAUUUUUCUUCAGAGUAUUGAUUCUAUUCGAACUUGCCUAAUCUAUAAAAAAACAGAUCGUAUGUCGAUUCAAGGAUCUUGCCUAUUAAAUUCGAUAUAAUAAUACAUUAAGUUAUUUAGGAAUAUUUAUGAAUUUUACGUAAUUAUGUAUUUUGAUUAGUUUAUUUUAGAAUUAUCUUUUUUUCGUAUCAAAUACAGUUACCGUAAGAUAAUCAGUCUUAUUUUUUUUAUUUAUAAUAUUAUGAUCUUUUGUUUGUAUUUGUGUGUGUAAAAUCUGCUUUUAAUUUUACAAUAUUUUUUUAUUGUUUCGGAAACUUGUAUAUAAAAAAUUAACCAAAGCCUAAUUAUACAAGUCAAAUGCCAUAAUGACAAUAAAAUCGAAACCUACAUUUUUCGUUUAAUUUUUAGUUUUUUUACUUUUAAGAAAUCUUAGUCAACGCUUAAAUUAAAAAAAAAAAAACUUAAAAACUUUGGACCAAAAACUUUUAUAUGUAAUGAAUCGGUUGAAACAUAUCUGAAUAUUGGAUCAUAUCUUCAUUUUAUUAGCAAUAAACAUAUUUGUUUAGACAUAGUAAUAUGUAAUUUUAAUGAUUGACAUUUGUCUUUUGCGCGUAAAUAAAGAAUCUCAGUCAUAAAAGACGCCGAAGAACAAAACUUGUAUUCAUGAAGACAUUUUUAGUGUAGGUAAAACUUACGCUGUCUCCUUUUCGCGCAAUAUCAAUAUGCGUUUAAAAAUAAGUGCGAAAGAGACCUUCAAAAGGACCACGUUACACUUUAGUCGUAUGGUGAAUUUUAUGACCGUUUCUAAAACAGGUUUGAUAUGGCGACGGUAACCACUCACCAAUAGCUGGGCCGUAUGCUCGUCUGCCUACAAGGGCGAUAAAAAAUAAGGUUUCAUUUCUUGCAAUUAUUUUGAAGUAUUUUCGCUGGUACCCAAUUCGUUUGAUAUGCCUUAUUUUAAAACCAUUUUUGGGCAAUCACGAAGACUCGCUCGAAGGAUCAUCAUCACAAUCAUUAACAGCCUCUUAUAGUCUAAUCUCGGACAUGACCUGUCCCUGCCCUCUGUUUGGUAGGCAGCGGCUUGGCUCUGCCCCUGCUGCGUUGCUGACGUCUAUGAGCGAUGGUAACCACUCACCAUCAGGCAUCCGGCAAUAAAAAAAGGCUGGCGACAUGAUCCAAACUUGGUUCUUUCGUCUCCAUCCACCUUGUUACUGGGCGUUACCUCCACUAUCGCUGGCGGUCCGCAGUCUCCAAGGAUCAAAACGGGUUAAUUGCUUUUUACAGACGCGCGUGUGUUUGUAAAUAAAACAACUUGAUGAAUUUUCCUGGAACUUAUGCAACGUUUUGUUAGUGUCUACUACUUAUCCAAGAGUUUCGUGUUCAAGAAUCACGUUAAAUCACUAAUCAACUUGGUAUCACCUUUUCAAUAUAUAUAUUUUUUUUUAUUGCUUAGAUGGAUGGACGAGCUCACAGCCCACCUGAUGUUAAGUGGUUACUGGAGCCCAUAGACAUCAACAACGUAAAUGCGCCACCCACCUUGAGAUAUAAGUUGUAAGGUCUCAGUAUAGUUACAACGGCUGCCCCACCCUUCAAACCGAAACGCAUUACUGCUUCACGGCAGAAAUAGGCAGGGCGGUGGUACCUACCCGCGCGGACUCACAACAGGUCCUACCACCAGUAAGUCUUGUAUGUUGCAGAAAAAUCGGGGUUUUUUAUUUGGUUUCGCAGACGAUGAGCUUACGGCCUAUCUGAUGGUCAGUAGUGACUAUCGCUCAUGGACAUCAGCAAAGACACGAGCACAUCGAGUCCGUUGCGUAACACAUCACGUUCUAAUACAAGUAAAGAGUAAAUUCAAUGUUAAUUGUAAACUUGUUAAGGGUACCCAAUAGGAAAAUGUUCGUCUACAUAAAUAAAUACAUACAACGCAAUUCUAAGUUCUUGUUUGAAUCGUUUGGAACCUCUGGGUCUGCGGAGGGACUUCGGUUCCCUCUGUAUUUUGCUUCAUGGGGAGUACUCUGAGGAAUUGUUUGAGAUGGAUUUUUGAGAUGGAUUUGGAUACCCACAUCUCCUUUUUAUCAUCGCACCUCCCGCCAGAGCAGAGUUCAUCCAUAUCAUCUGGAACCGCUGCGUUCAUCGACAGUGCGUUUCCAGAGGUAUUUUUUGCCACGUACCAUCCGGCUAUGGAAUGAGCUUCCCUCCACGGUGUUUCCCGAGCGCUAUGACAUGUUCUUCUUUAAAAGAGACUUGUGGAGAGUAUUAAGCGGUAGGCAGCGGCUUGCCCCUGGCAUUGUUGAAGUCCAUAGGCGACGGUAACCACUCACCAUCAGGUGGGCCAUAUGCUCCUAUGCCUACAAGGGCAAUAAAAAAAAUCUAACAAGUUGAAUUGUACACAUGCUGAUUGUGUUUAUCGUUUAGUUCUGUCUGAUUUGUUACUGUAUCUGUAUUCAGAAAUUCUUUGGGGGUUAGGCUGAGAUGACUUUGUUCUCCCUUCUCUGUUUAUCGAAUUGUGAUGAAGAAUAUUAAAAAUGUUAUCCUAAUCCUGUCGUAAUGUCCACUUUCAAAAAGGAAUCUUGUCGAAAAUACCAAAUAAAUCUUUAAAAAUAAAUGGAAUUAUCAAAGUUUCGCUGUUGUAAAACUGUUUUGACAUCUCUAGUUGAAUAAAGCGGAACGCGGGUAGAUCGUAAUCUUUAAUAAAAAAAGACGUCCAACUAAGGAUUGUAUUAUUAAAAAAAGACAAUAUAAUUAUGUAGCGUUGAUUUUUUUUUGUCUAAAUACGAUAAACUAAUGUGUAUAUGUGUGUGUUGUAUUAACAAUGUUAAUGAUUAGAAUUUUUGAUGUUCCACGUAAAUAUAGUAUAUAUAUAUACAAUAUAAUGAAAUAAUAAUGAAACUACUAUGUGACGAUAAAUUGACACGUUUUUUUGUAACUUUAUUUGAAUCGGAUUCUCCUCCAAGAACACCUACAACCUACAUCCAGUACUUUUACACCUAUCCAAAUUUGAAUGCGUAAUAAUAAAAUAAUGUGUAAUAAAAUUCACAGGGGAAUCCCAUAAUAAAUAUAAUUCAACAAUGAUUAAGUGUUGCUAAUAAAUGAUUUUUUUUUAUACAAAUUAAUAAUAGGCAAUAAAAUAAUAUUUAUUAUGAGUAAUCUUAAUAAACAACGUUCAGAAGCAUUCACGUUUUGUAUCGAAUGUUUCAACAAUGAAUCGUUUUUCAAUAAUGAGUAUGUUAAAUCCCUCAAUAAAUGUAGUACUUAUAUGACAUCCAUGUAUUAGAAGUAUAGUUUCUCGGUUUCAAAAAUUAACUAGAAUACCGAUCAUAAAAGACACGUAUGUAUAUGUUUUUUGUUAGCUGUGUUAUACUAUAAUAAGAUUUGAUAUCAAAUAUAUACAAUUGAUAACAAUAA